AACACCACUCGGAGUCACCCACAGACGAAGUACUCUCAGAUUCUUGUAGUAAAUACGAUAUAGUUAAUCCUAGACUGAAAGAACACAGGGCAGACGAGGGGGACACCUUUCUGGAAGAGUACGUGUACAAAUCGUCUACCAGGAUGCACAGCCUCAGUUCCUUCGGCAGAGGAGAUCUGUUCAACCAGUCGAGGAAAGAAUACCGGAGGGAACACGGGAAGGCCCCGAGAGACGAAGGUACGCCUUUGGCGGAAGAUGUGGGAGCUUCGGUCACUUGCAGCACCAGACAGGAAAAUGGAAAAGGCCAGAGAAGUAGUCCCCUACAAAAUUAUCGACACGAAACUGUCCACCCGUUGCAACUUCUUUUGGAUGCUGCUAGUAGGGCUGACGAAAAUGGCUUUCUCAGUUCUUGUGACAGAAUCUCCGGCACAGACCCAAAUUCUCCGAGUUACCUGGACACUAAUUUGGACAAGAGGAAGUGCCAGGAUGGCGAUUUUACUAGUUCGGAGAUCGAUUCGAUCGGCACGAGCGGUAACCUCGGGACUGUGAAAAACCCCGACAGCCCUGUACGUGCCGAUGUAUACUCCACAGAGCAGCAGAAAAAAUCUUACAGUGACGCUCUGGGCUUCCCGUCGAGAGUCAACGGACGGAGAGAUACGCACAAGCAUUCAAAGAAAUCACACAGAAAAGACAGGCUGAAGGAACACACGUCGAAAGUUGUAGACGGUAUCAGAAAUAAAUUUGACAAAAAAGAGAGUCGCCGUGAGGAAAACAGUGUACGCAUCUCUGCAAAGUACGGCCCUUCGACUGAUAUCGUAAGCACAAUUUCGAGAUCCACAGUUAAUCGUCUCGACGAUCGAGUGGCAGGUGACGUCGGAGGUUUAAAUCACAAAUUUUCUUCGCGGUACGAGUUCCGAGAUGACGAUUCUGUCAGGCAAACUAAAAAAGAAUUUGACACCACCUUUCCGUGUAGUAUUCCAGCAGACACAUCCAGAACCCAAGUUGGAAAGAAUUACCAGAAUCUCGAUAUGCAGUCAAAGGGUGCAGCUCGAGAAUAUCCGAACGGAGAUAACGACGUACUGUCGGUUCCCGACGAGGUACGGAGUCCACCACGGAAACGCCACCGUGAUGAAACUCAGACGGCAGUCGGCAAGAAGCACUCCGUAUGCGACGAUAAAUCCGAAUACGUGUCUCGUGAGCGUGUGGAAGUGGCAGAGGCUCACGGGGCAUCUAAAAGAUCCCACCGGGUCGAGAAGAGUUUCAGAGAGCACCACCGGCAUCACAAAAAGCACAAGUGUGCUGCAGAACGAGGAACCCACAAUCAGAGCCCGACUUCACUGAAAGGUCACAGGAGGGAACACCACAAACACCACCGGCACCGCCACCGCCACCACCACCGCCACCACAGGAAAGAGGGAGAGACGGUCGAGCCGAACAGUGUGGUAGCUAACAGUGCCGAAUCUGAAGACCCGUCAAAUAAAUACGACAGACGGCAGGAAGUAGAUACCACUGUCGAAGAAAUAGGUACGGUACAGUCCGAAGAGCGAGUGGAACAGAUCGAUGUAGGUGCAGCACCUACGGAAAAGUGUGACCGGCAAGUGACGGUAGACACUAUUUUGUCAGACAGUGGAGUCGUGUCCAUCCCCGUCGAGAUACUAGUCUCGGGUGACGACGCCGACAGUAGCCCGAGGCGCCACGAAGAAAAACGUGUCCGCGAAGAACUGGAGGACAUGUUGCAGGUUCUGGAAGGUAGUGCCCGUAAAGGAGACCGCCGAGAAACUGCCGAAGCUGUAACUUCGGAGCAGGUUGCGGGGUUCGGUGGAGAGUUCGGAAUAUUUCCCCUCGGAGACUCGGCGGGUCAGCAGGACGUUACGGGAUCGGGAGAACCCGUCGGGAUCGGUGCCGGUCUGGCGUUAGCCUCGCCUCCGCCACCGUUGCUACAGCGACAGCUACAGCAGACUUCCAGUGCCGGCGAGCUGACGGAGGACGAGAUCAUCGAAAUCCUCUCCGAAGUGGAAGGGAACAGUGCGGUAAGGGAACCGUCACCACUGGUCACUCCGAAGAAAGACUUCCCCAGGAAGCAGCUGUCGGAGGUCGAGCAGGUACGGCCGUCAGUCGAGCCGCGGGCGCCGCCAGAGGUCCUGUCGGAUGCCGAAGACGAUCUCCCACUGUCACUGUCGGUGUGCCUCGGCAGCUUACCGCAGACGACUCCCGCUGUGGACGGAGACGUUCCCGUCGCCCGUUUCGGACCGGCCACUCCGACAGGCCCCCCCGUGCUACAGCCGUGCACUGUAGACGGACUGAAUGGUGAACAGGUGUUGCCUCUGCUGCCUGCAGAACCGGCACCGACACCGCCUCGGCCUGACGUUAGAGGAGAAGACUGCAAUUUAGACGAGAAACUGGGUCCGCCGACACUGGAUUUGAUAGCUGCACCUCGUGCCGAGGAGGUGGUGCCCGUUAAAGAGGAGGAACCUUUCAGUGAAAUACCCGUGUUGUCUCCGGCACCGGCUGUGACAGAGAAGGAAAUACUGGACAUCGACAGGAAGAAUAAACACGAGAAGAGAUCGAGGCGACACUCGGAGUGUGGCGAAAAGCAGAAGCACGUCGUGCCACCCAUCUCGAUAAAGAUUACGUUACCGAUCGCCGAUAUUGCCGAUCCCCCCGCCGGUGCAGUUAAAUCGCAGAAGAAAAAGGAACGUAAAAAGCACAAGAAGAAGGAAAACGUGCUUCAAAAUUUUGCUUCGGAUAAUGCUACCUGUGUUUGUGAAAUGCCUGAGGUGGUCGAAGAGUCUGGUGAAUUAAUUCAGAAGGUCGAGAUGACAGAAGACGCUGUAGAGGAGAUGCCACCCGUACGCCUACCGGAGGUGCUAGACGUGGCGUGCACCGACUCUCGAGUCCUCGGUAGUGACGAACAUUUCGAUCGGAGCGGAGAGACCGUGUGUGAUUCGACUGCAGCAGCAGGGGAAGGAGAAACUGUCACAGAGACGCCACGUGUCGAACCCCGAUCGGAACCGGAUGCAGAGGCAGAUCGCCAGGACACUACCAAGUCUCCUAAGAAGAAGCAGUCCAAGAGCCCCCAGAAGCGCAGGAAAGACGCGCGUGCCUCACAGAACACGGAAGAUGCGGACGAGGCUCUGGCACGCACCAUAUCUGCCCCUAGGCCUCGCCGACUGGCGAAAGAGGUCGCUUUGAAGGAAGUGCGCAACCACUUCCUGAUAGACGGACAAUUGGAGGCUCUAAUCGGAGCCAAUGUCGAGGACGAGUUGUCGUUGCUUGCCGUCGACAGUGCACUUUUUGGAGUUACCGACCGACCUGAACCGUCUGGGGACAAGAACAAGCAGGAUAAUACCGGUUCCGGGCAAGGGGAUGCAGAAGCCGACGCACCUGUGAAAGCUGUACGUCCCACCGUCGCUCCGACUGAGUGUGUCGCAGCCGACAGGCGCAAUCCCACAGCUACCCGCACUGUGUCAUCGUCGGUCACCGAUCGGCGCGGGAGGAGGAAAGCCAGGGCUGACAUCUCGAAGACGAAUUGUGUUACCGAAGGUGAGGACACAAAAAGCAGUAACAGAGAAAUGGUCGGCCGAGAUGUCAAAUCGGAGAAGGCGACAGGCGAGUUGACGGGGGAUAAGAUAAGUGAGCUGCAAAAGGUGACGGACGGAGCCGAAGAGCAGUUGCCUUCUACACCUCUGAAGCGAGCCUGCAGUUCUCCCGGAAAGAGCCCCGAACCGAAGAAGAAGGUGAGGAGAGUCAAGGCAAAAUCUGGAGUCGUGCCGAUCACUAAGUUGGAGAUUCUGCCGAGUGCACGAGAUGUAGUGCCUGCUGUGAAAACUGUCAAAGCAGAAUCGCAGGCAGCAGUUCCGAAUGCAGACAAACCGAAGAUAUCUCUCGGAGACAAAAAAGUUGAGGAUAAUUGUGAGACAGAGUGCAAGGUGACACCGGAGGUGACGAACGAAGUGUACGUAUCCCCCAAAGAAUCCCCCACGUCCCCGACCCUCCCGAAAGUGCCGCAUACGGACGACAGGAGUUUCCGCUCGUUAACUGUGAGGGAGAAGCGAUCGACUCGCUGCAACCUGUCGUACGAGGAGAUGUACACGUCUUCCGACGUGACGAGUGAGACGGACAAUAGUCAGGAGCUUCCUGCAGAGGCGGGAACCGGCCGUGUUCCGGGUAGCAGCCAGGCAGCGCUGCCGUUCCCGCCGAGAGCGAGCAGUGAUGACAGCGACGAGUCGGACGACAGCGACGGUGACGACAAGCAGAGGAAGCGGAAAGGAUCCAAGAAGAAGGUGACCACACCGGAAGGUGGCACUUCUGUUUCAGGGGUGCCAAAGCGACGGAGCAGUACCGGAUCGUCGAAGUUCUACUGCGCGGCCUGCGACCGGCACUUCACGACAGCUUACAAUUUGGCAAAGCACGCCCGCUCGAACAGGCACGUCGCACGUGCCAUGGCGCGCCUGCCGAUGGUGGGUGUGGAGCAGAACCCGGGGCCGAGUGGAGGCGGGAAGCCGCAGACCGGGGCUACGUCCCCGCGUUCGGAGGCGGAGGCGGACGGGCGGCCGCAGGUCGCGGCGUCCGGAGUCGUAGUCGGAGGAGGAGCGGCGCGGCCGGCACCGACUGCGGAACGACCGCCCGUGGCGGCAAAUGCCACAUCUGCAGACAGCUCACUCGCAGACGUCGCGGAGGAGUCCGAGGGGGAAAUCCUCCGCAACCAGGAAUCCGGAUGGGAGCGCCGCGUGUCGAUCCAUAUGAGCCUGUGCGAGAUCCUGCGAGCCAAGGGCGACGACGCCGUCAAGGACCCGGCCACGCCCCUCGCAGACUCCGCACCGGCGACGGAAAUCACGACCUCGGGCGCCACCCGCGCGGACAGCGUGGCGAGCUCUGCGGACGACCCGCCACUCAGCACCAGUGACGAUACCACUGCGUCUUUCAAGGUGCGCGAUGCGGAGACGGUUCCUUCGGACACGGGAUCGGUGUGGCCGUCACCCGCCACCACGACCGGGACCGGAGGCGGCGAGGACAGUCCGGCGCCCCCGGCGGUGCCUCCCGUGACGCAGCCCACGGCGGCUGCGGCGGACGGCCCCGUUUCGUGGCACCCGCCGGACUGGCCGCAGGCUGUCGCCUGGGGCCAGAGGGGCUACGAUUCCCCCGCAGCGACAGUGCCGCCACCGGCGGGGCCGUGGCCGGACGCGGACUCCGCUCCGUGGGCGUCGGUGACUCCUCCGCUGCCGCACCAGCCGACGGAGCAGCAGGGCUGCUGGGAGAGGGGAGCGGAGGUGGCGUGGGGCGGAGCUGCCGCCCGGGACGCGUGGGGGCGGCCGCUGCAGCCCGCCUGGGAGCGCGAGAGCGGCACCGGCCUCGACUCGUUCAUGGACUCCUUCAGCCAGUCGCUGCAGAUCCUGGGCAGCCGUAAUGCGGACGACGCGGCGGGUGUCGGCGCAGACGCGGGCACUGUGCCCCCGGACGCCUCCACUGUCGCACUGCCGUACCCCGUGGCCGACCCCGCGGGGUUGCGGGAGCUGCAGAACGCGAUGGGUGCCACGGACGAGGAGAUGGCCAUCCUGCAGCAGCUGGGUGGAGCGGGGCCCAUUUGGGUGCCCAUCAAGGCCGAGGCGUCAGCUUCAGUGUCCGCGCCUGAGGAAGAGUCUCUGCUUCAGGAAGAGGAGGAGGAGGCGGACAUCGUGGACCUGGACCACCAACGGACCGCCCCAGCGGCUUCAGCCGCAGAUGUCACCCGCAGAGGCGGCGACAGUGCGGCCGUGUCGGCGGGGCCGGGCGGCGAGGCACCGACGGGCAUCGAGAAGGCCGUCCCGGAGACUUCCGCCCGGCGCGCUGGGGCCGGAGGUGCCGCGCCCGUGGCACCUGUCGUCGGCUCUGUCAAGAGGCAGUACGGAAUGCGGCCGGCGCGCGGGGCCGGCAGCAGUGUGGAGAACCUGCUGGCGGCGUACGAGGCGAAGGAGAUGGUGUGCCCGUCCUGCCACCGCUUCUUCCUGGGGGUGUCGGCCCUGCAGCAGCACGUGCGCGUGGCGCACGACGGCCGCGUUGGCCCGCCCCCGCUCAAAAAGUCGAGGGCGUCAGUAGGCGGGUCUUCGGUCUCGAAGCGCCCCGGCGGGUCCAUUGGCUGGCCGGUGACGUCCGGCACGGGAGUGGCGGGUGCCGGCAGCGGCUCGUCAGAGUCUGGCGCGGCCGCCGCUGCCUCGGCACUGGGCACGUCCGCCGACUCGCCGCGCAGGCUGGCCUGCCCGCACUGUCGCGAGCUGCUGGCAGGGAAGGACGCGUUGGCUGCCCACGUCGCGGAGGAACACCCGGCCAGCAUGACGACGACCGGUUCCGCUGCGUCGACGACGCCGUUGGGCUGCAGCGACGAGGCGGAAGGGCUGAAGACGCACAUCUCAACGGCUCUCGGCGGUCUGCUGGACCGAGCCCUCAACAACUUAUUGGAGAGAGGACUCAGCCCAGGUGGCUCUGCCCACCUCCCCAGCCUCAACCAGCCGACGCUGAGCCUGCUGCAGAAGCUGACGGCACGCCGCCCUGCGACGUCGUCCGCGUCCGGAUCGUCGACGACGACCGGCCGACCGGCCCCCGUAUACAACACGGAACUGGCCAAGGAGAUGCGACGGCAGAUUUCUAAGCCGCGCCCCGCGGGACUGGCGCUGCUGCGUGCGACCUCGAGUGCCGUCGGCAUGUCCGACUCGCACCCCUACGUCUGCUUCUAUUGCGAGAGCCGGUUCGAGCAGCAGAGCACUCGCAACAGACACAUGGUGCGCACGCACAAGAACGAGAUGAUCUGCUCCAAGUCGAAGCAGGCAGAGCCCGAGAACGAUCCGGACGACGCGUCUGGUGGUGAAGACUCCGACCACAGUUGGCGUGAACCGAGCCCCACCAACUGGACAUCCGAGACACCUGGCGGAGACAUGGGAGGUGAUGGUGAUUUCCUAUGUUCAGAUUGCGGCAUCAACUUCGGCACGCCACAGGAAGUACUGGCGCACCGCAAAGCGGAGCACAGCCGGCCCGAGCCCCCGCCGCAGGAGUCGUCGCCCGCACAGGGCAGGGGCCGUAACGGCCGCGGCAGGGGAGGCGGCGCGUCGAGCCGGGCCGUGCCCGUGUCGCCGCCCGACGGGGAGACUAUAAAGCGGCAGGCGAUGGCGGCGCUGCGCGAACUGGGCGCGCAGAGCCGGCGGGGCGGGGGCCGCGGAGCCUCGCAGGCCAAGUGGGGCAUGCGGUUCCCGCUGGCUCCGGCGUCCGGCACGGAGGGUGCCGUCAAGCUGGAGAAGGGGGCCGCCUUCAGCCUGCCACUGGUCCGCAAGGCGAGUGGCCCGGGCCCGAGAUUCGCCUCCCUGGAGAGGAAGCGCGGAAAGAAGGCGGGAGCCGGCAGCGGGGGCGACGAAGCGUCACCCGGUCCGUCGCCGGCGCGGCUCGACGUGUACGAGUUCGCCGACGAGGAGACGUUGGCCGAGCGACCGGAGCUGCAGAGGCGGCCGGCAGGGGGGUCCGCCGUCGCCACUCCGGACACGACCGCGGGUGCCGCUCCCACAGCCGAGCUGGCCGAGGAGAAGGAGAACGGUGCGAAAAGUGUCGAGCAGACCACUGCGCCGGAGCUCUCGAAAGAGGAGGCAGUUCCCCGGUCGGAGACGGCGGGAGGGGAUGCGGUCGAGGGUGACCGGCCCCCCACCGGGAGACCCCAGCGGCGCGAGAGGCGGCGCAAGUCAUGCGCAGACUUCCCUUCGGAUCUCAGCGACGUACUGGACGAGUCCGACAGUGACGGCGAGCCCCGGGCCACUCCGGUCGCCCGCGCCUCCGCCGCGCCCAGGGGAGGUAGGCGGCCGAGGCGGGGAGCCGGGAGGGGGGGCCCCGGGAGGGGCGGAGCCGGCUCGGCGAGACGGCGCGGGAGGGGGCGCGGAGGCGGCGGGGGGAGGAGGCCGGCACACACGGCUCUCGCCGUUACCGGAGCUGCCCCGCCCGCGCCGGUCGCCGUCUCAGCGAGCAGCGAUGACGACGAGGGCGACGGCCCGGCCCUCCCGCCGGCCAAGGUGCCGUGCAGGGCGACGACGCCCGACGACUCCAGCCAGAGCUCCUGCGACGUGAAAGGAGCGGCGGCCGGCCCCGUGGGUGCCGCGGCCAGGAGGCGCCGACGCCGUGCCAAGUCGGAUCUGCUCAUCUCGGUGUUCCGGGCCAAGGCCCGCCACGUGUCAGUUUCGGCAGCGGCCGGAGCCGACAGCUCGGAGGACGGCACUGCGUCCGGCGGGGUGGAGCCGCCCGUCUGAUAAGCGGCCACUGGGCGUAUACCUCCUGCAUCCUUUGUCAAAUCUACGGCAGUGUAAACUGGCUUCCCUGCUACGGCCCCAGUUGACGCCAGAUGCUGUCGACGUUGCUUUCGAGACACUUAGUGCUUCGAAGUGGUGACAUUUCUGUCAGAUGUUGAAAUGCCGUAGUCUUUUUGUGAUAGUACGAUAUUGUGUUAAGAGUGGGGAGAGACAGUGAGUGUAUCUGGAUCUGCUCUCAAUUUGUGUACUAAAUUCUCACCUGACCCUCACUCUGUGUGUGACCGAGUAACAGUACAAUAACUUUUGACUAGCUCGCAUUGCGUCGGUGACACGGUACACCUCGGCAGUACUUGCUGCUCGUAUAGUGUGGACGGUCGGGAUACCUACUGCAGAGACACACUCGAACCACUGCCAGUUUUUUUGUCGUAGUCAUCGUGUGCUCGUAAAUACUCUCGUAUUCCUUUUAGAAACUUUAUAGGUUCUCGACGGGACCUGUUUGUGAAUGGCAAAUUUCGCACCCCUCUAUUUCGUGUCGGUUUAAAGUAUGCCACUUCUUCCCUGUGCAUAUCUGCAACCGAAUUAAAUUAAUUCUUCCAAAAGGGUUAAUGUAACAGGAAUUACUGCAUCCGCUCCAAGUGUCCAUUGUAACUGACAGUAGAGGUACGUGAAAUUUGUGUUCACUCGUGUGCCGUGCGACCUUAGCGCUUGUUACAUUUUAGUGUCAAUUUGUUAUGUUGUUCACAGUUGCUCAGGUUCAGUUGACGGUGACAGUUCAGUGCCGUUCAAGAAAUUUUGGACUUUCGGAGAGGUAUUUCAGAAGUGAAAAGUGAAAGAGUAGUGCAGAUAUAGUGACUGGUUUUGUACCUCGUAUGUGGAAGAUGAGAGCAGAACGUGUGGACCUGCUAUCGAAACUGCCAAUAUAGUGCCUUUUUUUCCCGGCUUCAGGUGGAAGCAAUUUCGUGUACACAUUAUAAUAGCAGAAACUGGUAUUGCGAUCGAUUUAUUGCUCGUGAAGUGUGUCUGAAUGUGUGAUGUGUGUCUCUCUGUAUAUUCCACAAAUUGAAAAUGUCCAGUUACGUGAUCUCUUAGUUUUUUUUAGGGUUGUGCUUUGUUUGCAUGUUAGAGGACGGUUCUUUUGUUUCGUACUGUAUCGAUUUGUGUUUGAGUGUAUUGUUUUGGUAUUGUUAUAUUUUUUACUUUAUUCUGUUCCUUGCAUGUGUUUCUCUGGGCACUGAGACGUGUGCACAAUCUUUCCUACCUUGUCUCCAGUCGUUUACUACACGACAUAUUGAAUUGCCUGAAAAAAUUUCGUACUGCCGUUCAACAGAAUAUAGUGAAACUGUGUGUCUCUGUGGCCGUUCUUAACACGGAUAAAUUACGUGGGAGGCCCGAGAGAGAUCGUGUGCUGCUCCGGUUUGCACUUUAGGUAAUUGACUCUGCCUCAAAUUUGUCUGCCGCACACGUCAGUCGCCCGGGGUCGCAGGAAGCCGGCGGUUUCCGUCCCUGCCUGCCAGAUUUUUCAACUCGUGCAGUGACUUUCCAUCGGUACUAGAAUGCUGUACGGCAGCGAGCUACGUGCCAGAGUACUCUGUUGCCAGCUGUUGAAAAAUUAUGUCGCGUGACCCCUUUUACGUCGAGUCUGAUUAAUGUGGAAAGUGAAAUUGAUCCGAAUUGGUGGCACCACUUUCUGGCUCGUUGGCAAUUGGGGGCGGAAUCUGCAGGGUUCUGGGGUGCUUUUUGUAGUCGUCCUUCGUGCUGAACAGCAUUCUCAAAUGAAGCCAAAUUCCUCUAUGUAAAAGAUGUCUAUAUGAUGUAUAUUUAGGUAUAUGUUAUAGAGUAAAAAGAUUUAGUACAAUUUAUACUAUUAAUCACUGAUGGAAUUUCAGUACAUUAUGUACAUAUAUAUAAAUACAUACAUAUAAAAGGAAAACAUAUAUAUAAUAUUGAAAAUUUGAAAUAAAUGACGGAGCCUAUAUAUAUACAUAUGUGUAAAUUAAUAAAGAGUGUUAGUGCAUCUUCCAGUUCUGUUUUUUAAUGAUAAAAGCCACCUCUCUUGUGUUCCUGCAAGUGUUAUGAAUAAAUAUAUAAUUAUAAAAUA